AUGGACCACCGAUGGCGGAAUCUUCGACAAGGACUAAUAAAGCUUCAUGAAGACGAUCAUCAUGUUCCAUCGUCGCAACAGACAAUCGGCGACGAAAAAACAAAGAUUUUUGUGGAUGAAUAUGCUGCAGCAGCCAUCAACCGUGUAGUAACAUGUUUAUGUGUCUCUAGCCUCGGCCAUAAUCUGGAUGCAUGGCCCAGGUUCUUCUACAGUUUGGAUACCCACGUCAACGCAGUGCUCAAGUAUGAUCGACCAAAGCUUAAUCCCCCCACAGAUGAAGCUUGGCUAAAAGUCACUCAUCAUUGCAGAUUGUCGCCGCUCAUUGUAGGACUAUGUUUGCGAGAAUGGGUAAAGUCCGAGCACUUCCUCACCGGCCGAGACAUCGACAAUGUCCAAUGGGUGCGUUCCUCGGCAGCCGGAUAUGGCUACCGAGGCUUAAAAGGUCAGGGAGAAAGCUUCUCUUUAGCAAGAAACAAAGCACUUACGAUCGUUGAGACUCUAAGCUGUGACCAAGAUUAUGCUCGACGAGCUCUUGAAGACUCUACACCUGACAUGGCUUUCUCUCGAGCUCAGCUAAGCCAAAUGAAAGUUAAGAGAAAGGUCAAGCCCGUUUGGGGAGAAGCAUUUCAUUAUGCUCUUUUAGAAGGACUGUUUGCUGACCCAUUGAUACGCCAUUUCUUGCAGACUAAUGAUGUUCAAGAUUCAUUCUACUGCAUUGGUCAUAUGCCCUUGCUAUCACCUCCAGGCUCUGUAAGUAGCAAAUUACAUGACCACGACUACGUCUACAUGUUAGAUUGGACCGACUUUGAGGCUUCAGUCCAAGAAUGGGAGAUCCGUUUCGCCUUUGAGCUACUUGAGACGUUGUUGAUAUUUCCAUCGCAUGUUGAUUUUCACAUUUGGCGGUUCAUUGUUGAGUUGUUCAUCUACAGAAAGAUUGUCACCCCGAACGGAGACGUGUACUUAAAAACACAAGGAAUACCAUUCGGUAGUUGCUUUACAACCAUUAUCGGAAGCAUCACGAACUAUGUUCGUGUUCAAUACUUAUUCAUGCGUUCAAGUGGUUCUUUGGCCACGGUUUUCACUUAUGGGGAUGACAGCCUCAUCGGAGUUAAAGAUGAGCAGUACACUUCAUUUCCGAUGGACAAUUUCAAUCCCAUUUGCGAUGAGUUCAGUUGGAGAAUUGGUGUGUUUAAAUCAUCAUAUGAAGAUCAUAUUAACAGCUUUUUGCUCAUGAACGUUGAGAGAAGACAACGAGAUAGAGAUGUACUUGCGUGCUUGAGGAUGUUGAUGUUUCCCGAGUAUGAAGUAGAAAGUGGGGAGAUAUCAGUUAAACGAGCGCGUUCGAUAUGGGUUGACUCGAGGAUUUCUCCGGGUAUGUACUCGGGGAUUAGGCCGGACUACUUGUUUGAGAUAUACAAAAGCCUAAAGAUUAGGUAUGGAUCUUCAAAUGCCGGACAUGUCCAUAUAGAGGAUGGAGGUGGUGGCCGAGCGAGCAUGGUGAGAACUGAGAAGCAUUUGGUGUAA